AGUUACACAAUUCGCCUCGUUCGGUUUCGUUUCGUUUCGCGUACCGCAUCAGUGUGCACAAGCAAAUUGUGGCCGGCAAAAUGUCCAAAUAUAAAGAGCUCACCAAACUUACCACCACCUACGCCCGGCGUAUGAACUACCUAUCGAAUCGGAUCUUCGGAGAGGUGGCACGCCCAACGAACCCGCAGUCAAUGAAGGUGGUGAAAAUGUUCAGUGAGGAACCGAUCCACAAGCGGGACUACGUCGUCAACUGGUACCCGCGGCACGUGGAAACCCAUCUGCUCGCGAUGAAGCUGCGCGAGUACGGGCUGUUCCGGGACGAGCAUCAGGAUUUCAAGGAGGAAAUGAAACGAUUACGAGCGCUACGCGGUAAAGCCCCACCGAAGAAGGGCGAGGGAAAACGUUCGAAAAAGUAGUGCAAGGAAACCCGUCGAAGGUGCGUCAUCCAGGUCAGCUAGUUUUAAAGUCCUUUCCUGUUGGGUGCUUUAAUUUUAUCCGUUGGGUGAAUAAUAAAUCCAGCAUAGUAUUUAAA